ACUAAUUUGCAGCAAUGUCCAGAUCCAAGAGCAGGUUGCACUGAAAGACUGUCAGACUGGAGCAAGCUUUGGGGUUUCUGCAGGCAGUCAGGUCAAGGGAGAAUCCUUAGCAAGGAAUGGGAAAUAGCGUUUGUAAGGAAUGGUCUUGGAGGGUCAAAAAACUGUAGAUAACAAAAGGAGAAAUGAUGUGUACAGAUUGGGUGGCUACUGAUAGGUCUAGGCGAGCACGGAGAAAUGGCAGUAUUUCCCAGAGACACUGAGAUGGCUUGCGUGCAAAGGUGUUUUGUGAUGCAAACUUGUGUUUCUCAACUAUGGUUUAUUGGAUCAUCUACUGUAGUCUGACCAUACCCUUGAGAUUUGCCUUGCCUUGAAAUCUAAG